AUGGCUGCAGCUACAAAGCUUUUCCUUGGGUUGUUCAUUGCAGUAACCUUAAAUAUCAGCUUUUGCAAUGGAAAAUCCAAUGGGAGUUGCAUUGAAACCGAGAGACAAGCGCUUUUAAUGUUCAAACAUGAUCUGAUAGAUACUUCAAAUAGGCUAAUCUCUUGGGCUGAUGGAGGGGAUUGCUGUAAGUGGCUUGGAGUUGUUUGUGACAACAUGACUGGUCAUGUUGGAGGGCUCCAUCUCAGAAAUCCUCCACUGAGUGGUUUUGCUUCUGAUUCUGAGGAUCAAGCUUAUGACAACUCAAAGUUGGGUGGCGAGCCAAGUUCUUCCUUGCUCAACUUGAAAUAUCUAGUCUACCUGGACCUGAGUGACAAUAUGUUUGAGGGUCAUAUCCCAUAUUUCCUGGGCUCUAUGCAAAGUUUAAGGUAUCUUAAUCUUUCUAAUGCUGGCUUUGAUGGUAUGAUUCCUUACCAACUUGGAAAUCUCUCUAAUUUACACCAUCUUAGUCUUCAAGGUUACGGGUUAUAUGUUGAAAAUCUUCAAUGGCUUUCUGGUCUUUCCAGGUUGCAACACCUUGAUUUGAGUUUUGUAGACCUCAGCAAAGCCUCCAAUUGGAUACAGGAGAUAAACACAUUUCGUUCUUUGGUUGAACUAAGCUUGUCCUUCUGUGGCCUUUAUCACUUUCCUCCAUUAGCCAAUGUCAACUUGUCAUCCCUUGAUGUCCUUGACCUUUCCUGGAACCAUUUUGACAAUUAUUCUGUUGGCAGAUGGAUUUUUCAUCUCAGAACUUUAACUCAUCUUAAUUUGCAAGGAAGCAAUCUACAAGGUCCAGUAGAUGGUGUUGGAAACUUGACUUCUCUUAGGCACCUUGACCUUGCUUACAAUCAGCUCAAUUCCUCAUUACCUCUUUGGUUGUAUAGAAUGAGUCACCUUCAGGUCCUAAACCUUUGCUCUUGCAAUUUGCAUGGUACAAUCAGUAGUGCCAUUGCAAACUUGUCUUCUGUAAUUACCCUGGAUUUGUCAUUCAAUGAACUUGAUGGGAGAAUUGAACCAUCUUUUGGAAAUCUUUGCAACUUGAAAUCAAUCUCAUUGACAGGUACCAAAUUAAAUCAAGACAUUUCCACUAUCCUGAAAAUUCUUUCAGGAUGUAUAUCUGAUAGACUAGAGGAAUUGUUUUUAGGUAACUGUCAUCUCUUCGGUCCCUUGGCCAAUAAACUAGGGAAAUUUAAGAAGCUGGCUGUCCUUACUUUGUGGGGUAACACAAUUUCUGGUAUGAUCCCUAUGUCUUUGGGAGAGAUGUCAUCCUUGAAAAUGCUAUACCUCUUUGACAACAAAUUGAAUGAAACCAUCCCGACAUCUUUCGGACAACUAGCAAACUUGGAAGAUGCAGAGAUUUAUAAUAAUUUCUUGAAAGGAGUUUUUUCUGAAGUCCAUUUUGCCAAUCUUACAAGGUUGAGGACCUUCAAUGCAUAUGGCAACUCACUGAGGUUGAAAGUCAAGCGUGGUUGGGUUCCUCCUUUUCAAAUUGAAGCCUUAGGAUUAGCCUCUUGGCACCUGGGGCCUGGAUUUCCCUCAUGGCUUCAUUCACAAAAGUCUUUGCGGUAUCUGGACAUAUCUAACUCAGGAAUUGCUGAUACCAUUCCAACUUGGUUUUGGAACAUUUCAUUUCAGUUGACAAUACUGAAUCUUUCUCACAAUCAAAUCCAUGGAAAGAUUCCAAGUAUGAAUAUGAAUUCAUAUUCCAUAAUUGACUUGAGUUCAAACUACUUCAAGGGUUCAUUACCUAGAGUCUCUUCUACUGUGGCUGCUCUGGAUCUUUCGAACAAUUCCUUUUUGGGAUCUAUAUUCGAUUUCUUAUGUGAUGGGAUGAAUGAGACAAGCCAAAUGGAAGUGCUCAACUUUGGAGGAAAUUUUCUAUCAGGUAACAUUCCCAAUUGUUGGGAGAACUGGCAAAGUUUGAUUGCCAUAAAGUUAGAUAAUAACAAUUUUACUGGUGUGAUUCCAAACUCAAUAGGAAGUCUGAGUUCCCUUCAGUCAUUACACCUACGCAAUAAUAAGCUCUUUGGUGAAUUACCUCUGUCAUUGAGAAACUGUACAAAGUUGGUCACCAUUGAUAUUUCUGAAAAUGAAUUUGUAGGAAAGAUACCGUUAUGGUUCGGCAUACGCCUUCCUGGUUUAUUCAUCCUCAGUCUUCAUUCAAACAGGUUCCAUGGUGCAAUUCCUGAGGAGCUAUGUGCUCUUGGUUCACUCCAAAUUUUGGACCUUGCAGACAACAACUUAUCUGGGACUAUACCAUGGUGCAUCGGCAACUUUACAGCCAUGGCGAAAAAGAAUGAUGACAGUGCAGCUGUAAGCUACAAAACAUCAGGAGGAAGCUUCGUUGAUGAUGCUUUACUCAUAAUGAAAGGCAGACUGGUUGCUUAUAGCACCAUUCUCAGACUGGUCCGAAGCAUGGACCUUUCCAGGAAUGCGUUAUCAGGAGAGAUUCCGAAGCAAGUAACAAGCCUUUUCCAAUUGCAAUCACUAAAUCUGUCAUAUAAUUCUUUGACUGGCAAAAUUCCCGAGGACAUUGGCGCAUUGAGAUUGCUGGAAUCUCUGGAUUUUUCCAAAAAUAAACUCUCUGGUGAAAUCCCUCAAAGCAUUGCAAGCUUGUCCUUCCUAAGUCAUUUGAACUUGUCUUGCAACAAUUUAACUGGAAGAAUCCCUUUGAGCACUCAGUUACAAAGUCUCAAUGCAUCCAGUUUUAUUGGCAACAAACUUUGUGGAGCUCCAUUGAAUGAGAGCUGUGAUUCAGAUGGUUCUGAUGUUGUGAAUGGAGGAGGAAAGAGCAAUGUUACGCUUGAAAUAGAUUGGAUUUACUUUUUUGUGAGCAUGGCAUUGGGAUUUGUGGUAGGUUUCUGGGCUGUUUCAGGUCCUGUUCUGUUCAGCAGGACUUGGAGAAUCAAGUACUUUCAGCUUUUAAAUCGCAUUUCCUCCAAAUUUUGGAUAAAAUGUUGCUAG